AAUAUCGAUACCCGUUUAUCAAUCAAUAUCGCUCUUUGUAUAAGUAAAGACAUCGCUUUUAUGUUCAUAUACUGUGUUCGUUUUAAGUGUGUUUCAAAAUGAAUAAUACGCGUUUUAACGCUGAUGAUAGUUAUGAUUAUUUAUUUAAAGUGGUGGUAGUCGGGGACACCGAAACGGGAAAGAGCAAUCUCCUAACCAGAUUUACCAAAGAUGAGUUCAACUCGGAAUACCGGCCAACAAUUGGGGUUGAAUUCGGAACAAAAAAUGUAAAUUUAAAGGGAAAAACGAUUACAGCGCAGGUAUGGGAUACGGCAGGUCAGGAGAGGUACAUGGCUAUCACCAGUGCGUACUAUAGAGGAGCAGUCGGGGCUUUAAUCAUUUAUGACAUUACAAACCGAUCAAGUUAUACCAGUGUUGAAAAAUGGAUUACUGAAAUAAAGAAUAAUGCAGAGGAAGGAGUGCCAAUUGUUUUAGUUGGAAAUAAAUUGGAUUUGGAAGGCAAAAGAGAAAUACCAACAAAAGAAGCCAAUGAAUACGCAAGUAAACACGGCUUAGAGUUUAUAGAGUCUUCAGCACUAACGUCAAAGAAUGUUGAUGAGGCUUUUGGAAAGUUGUUAACAGAGAUUUACAGUAGAGUAAGCAGUCGACUAGAAGCAGGUGAUGAAAUCCCAUCUAAUAUGAAUGCCGUUAAAGUUGAAUGCGGAUUGGACGGUCGAAGUGUUCAUGAAGAUGAAGCUGAGGAAAAAGUGGCUGAAUUAGGUGAAGAUAUUCCAGUCUGGGCGGAAAAACUAUUUGAACAGAUUGGUCAGUUGCAAGAACAAUUUAAAGUUGUUGGCAAAUUAGAAAAUACUAUGGAUAAAAUGUGUAAAAAGAUGGAAGAGCUCGAAACAAAAGUAAACCGGUUAGAAACAAGAAAAAUAGAUUUUAAAACAGCACAGUCAAAAAGUGUAAGAAAAUGAUAUGCUGAUAUAUGCUAUGCUGUGAAUAUACGACUUUCAAAUUAAAAUUGUUUAUCUAAUACAUUAUAAUAUAUAUGCAUGCAUAUGCAAUUGAAAAUAAAUAAAUGCUUAUCGUA